AUGGCAGUGUCAGGCGCAUUGCACUGUGUAAUAAACAAUGGAGGAUGCUGGAAACAUACUCAAAUGGGAGGAACAUAUUCGGCUUGUCGGGAUGAUCAUUCGAAAGGCUGCAAAUGUCCACCUGGAUUCAAGGGAGAUGGGCUCAAAAACUGCGAAGGAAUUUUUUUUUGA